AUGAAUCCGCCACAACAUAAUCGCCUCCUCCACCGACCAGCUCAGUAUGCAGCGUACAAUAUGCGGGUAGUACAAGAAGAGCGGCCUACGUUCGACGCAUCGCAUGCCCACUACGCGCAGUAUAACCCACAGGCAGAGGCAUAUCCUCUCUACGGCGAUGCUUUCACUCUCGCUACUUACGUGCAGGUCCCGACUUCCAUGAGGAAUUCCCACAGGCCGUCUCCCCUGCACGACGACAAUGUUGUGUCACCAACACCGGCGGACGUCAACGCAUCUCUGUAUUCUGCCACUGUUGCCGCCGAUAGCUACAUUACGCCACCCUCAUCCACCGAAUCCCUCACACCAACUCAGAAUCCAGAACCCGAGGACGAUUCGACUGUUGUGGCUGUUUCGACUGCAUUCCAUCCUCAAGCGCACCCUCACCUGCCGCCUACCGAUAUAAUUCUCUCCGCGUCUGACGGCGUUCUCUUUUACGCCCAUUCGUCGACUAUCCUCACCGCCUGCCCUAAGGCUUUCAGUACGUACAUUGGUGGAAACCUGAAUGAUCCGAAAUUCCGUGAUCAGCUCAUACAGCUCGACGCACCUUCCCAAGAACUCAACGUCAUCCUUCACAUGCUCUAUGGCACUUCUUGCGCGGCUCACUCGCCUUCGCUGGAGACUCUUAUCAACGCAGUCGACCGCAUGCCCAGCUACUCGAUGGUGCCGGAAGAACACAUCGUACCGUCGUCACACCUUCACAAUCUGCUUCUCUCCUACGCCCCAUUGCAUCCCCUCGAACUCUACACCUUGGCCGCGAGUCACAAUUUGGAACCCCUGGCGGUGAAGACUUCCUCUCAUCUACUCUCAUACUCACUGCAGACCAUCACCGAUGAACAGGCCGAGCGUAUCGGCGCCGUUUAUCUCAAGAAGCUUAUGGUACUACACUUCGGGCGGUUCACGGCCCUCAAGAAUAUUCUAUUACAGCCUCCCCACCCCCAUCCGCCCACGAAAGAGUGCGACUUUAUCCAGCAACGUAAGCUCACCAGAGCGUGGGCGCUAGUCAGUGCUUACCUUGCAUGGGAUGCGAGACCAGGUACUCCACAACAAGGCUUCGAUUGCCUUAGCUGA